AAAGAAAGAGACAGAAAAAAGAGAGAAAUGGGAUAUUGCAGAGGUGAUGAAGACUAUGAUUACUUGUUUAAGCUUGUCUUGAUCGGUGACUCUGGUGUUGGGAAAUCCAACCUUCUGACAAGAUUUACAAAAAACGAGUUCAGCCUUGAAUCUAGGUCUACUAUUGGGGUUGAAUUUGCAACUCGUAAUGUUCAUGUCAAUGGCAAGGUUGUUAAAGCUCAGGUUUGGGACACCGCUGGACAAGAAAGGUAUCGUGCGAUAACCAGUGCAUAUUACCGUGGUGCUCUCGGUGCUUUAGUAGUCUACGACGUAACCCGUAACAUUAGCUUCAAAAGUGUACAAAGGUGGCUGAAGGAACUCAGAGAUCACAUCGAUGCCAACGUCGUGAUUAUGCUGGUCGGAAACAAGUCGGACUUGCGUCACUUGCGAGCAGUUUCGACCGAAGAGGGCAAAGCGUUUGCCGAAAAUGAGAAAGUCUGUUUCCUGGAAACAUCUGCACUCGAGUCUCUCAAUGUUGAGAAUGCAUUCGCUGAAGUGCUGACCCAGGUUUAUAAUGUUGUAAAGAAGAAAGCUCUUGAAGUUCGACGAAACCUGGCGGUUUUGCCGAAUGGCAAGACGAUUGAUGUCGGAUCAAAAGACGAAGUGUCCGCCAUAAAGAAAACCGGAUGUUGCUCGACUUAA